GUUAACGCGGAGGAUCUCCGCUCUGCAGAGAGAGCGUUAUUUUUAUUUCUAACGAGCAAACUAACAUUUUAUAGGAAUCCACUGUGUUUUGAUUUGGGAUUUUGCGUCGGCCGAACAGGUCAAAGGAGGGGAGGGAGACUGAGGGAGAGAGAAGGAGAGAGAAACAGGCGGACGGCGGGAGAGAAAAAGACACCUCGGGCCGGAGGAGGGACGAGGACACACAGACAGGGGGGAGUUCACUCCUAAUGCUAUCCCUUUAAAACAAGGGGGACACGGCGGUGGGGGAAGAGAGAGAUAGCGGCGCGGAGAAGACGGGAUAAAAAAAGGAAAGGAAAGAAAACGAGGGCGGGAGGGAGAGUGUUACCGAGGAAAAAAAAGAAAUAUGUCAUCCUUUCGAUUGAAAUACCGAGGCGGAGCUUUGGAGCGCGACCGAGCGAGCGACUCUCCACACUGGGCUAAGAUUUAACGCAACACUCGGGGCUUGAUCACAGGCCCAGCACGGAAAAACCCUCAACUACAAUAAAAUCUUUUGUUUUUCCCGAGCGCUGAGUAGAAAUCCAACGUGAAACUCUUCAUUUAUUUAAUUGUUUUGCAUGAAUUAUAUGCACACCGCUGUUUAUUUAUAGGUCAUUAUUUAGGCAAAAAUAAUUGUAUGUUAAUGUAUUAUGUAGAGCAUGAUAAAUAUGACUGUUGUUUUUAUAACCUGCGUAUGUGUUAAUCAAUAUUCUUAGAAAAUAACUAGAACAGCGCUUUAAAUAAUCUAUGAUUUUUAUAUCGCUAUUUAAAUAUAUUUGCGUAUUGUUAUAAUAAUUAAUGUAACGUGCAUUUUAUAAAUACAACCCAUUUGAUAAAUUAAUGUUCAUGAUACAAUACUAUUAUUUUAUUGCAUCUAAAAGCACAACCGGUUUUGUAUAGAUCACUACUAAAAUAUACUGUACCCCAGACGUAACUGUUUAAAUAGCGUCAUAACUACGUUAUAACUGCGUCAUCUAGCCCAUCAAGAUGGACGCAGCUUGGAGCAAUUUCCUCUUUCAGACUCCGUCAUCACAGUCUCAGACUGAGAGCAGCCUCCAAUCAGAUCUUCUGCCGGAGCUGACUGACACUCCUGCAGAACCGCCUACCGACCACCUGGCCCCGCCCCCGUCAACAGUGGACACAGCUGUGCUAAAAGAAGAGCCAGAGCCUGAGCCAGUCAAGCCUGUGUCUCGUCCUCGGCCUGCUCACAUCUGCUCGAUAUGUAACAAGCAGUUUAAAAACAGUUAUAACCUGCGCCGUCACCAGUCUGUUCAUACUGGAAUUAAAAUGAAAGACAGGGCGGCUAGAGAGAAGGUGGAUGGAACAAAGGCAGGUGUGCGAAUGGACAGGCAGACUAUCCCCCUCUCUCUCCUCCAGCUCUCCAUUCCUGCACCAAUUACAGUGGCAACUGACCCCAUGACACACCCAACACCACUCAGCAACCAACAGUUGGAGACGGUUGCUGUAUCUGCUGUAGCGACCCAGCCGCUUCCUGCUGCUGUAGUGGUUACCGGGACAAUGGUACAGAUUGGAUGUUCACAGCCACUGAUGUCAGAUGGUGUGUUUUUGAAGUCAGAAGAUGGUUAUUUUCAUGCUGCACCAACCACAGUGGAAAACCUUAGCAUUCCCAAUCCAAUCCAGAUAUCUAUCCCAAUUACAAAUCCUAAUCCUACUCCAAGCCCCAAUCCCAACACAAACCCAAAUCCAGUAAAGAAAAACCAUGCCUGUGAGGCUUGUGGGAAGGCUUUUCGAGAUGUCUACCAUCUGAACCGCCACAGGCUGUCCCACUCGGAUGAGAAGCCGUACUCCUGUCAUAUUUGCCAGCAGCGCUUUAAAAGGAAGGAUCGGAUGAGCUACCAUGUCAGAUCCCACCAGGGAGGAGUGGAGAAGCCAUACGUGUGUCCUCACUGCUCCAAAGGUUUCUCACGGCCUGACCAUCUCAACAGCCAUGUGCGGCAGGUGCACUCUACCGAGAGACCGUUCAAGUGUCCGACAUGUGAGUCUGCAUUUGCCACUAAGGACCGUCUGCGUGCUCAUAUGAUUAGACAUGAAGACAAGGUUCCCUGCCACAUUUGCGGCAAACUGCUUUCUCCUGCUUACAUCACAGAUCACAUGAGGGUCCACAACCAGUCCCAGCAUCAUGUCUGCCACCUGUGUAAUCGCAGUUUUACAACACUGACGUACCUGCGUGUCCACGCUCAGAAGCACCAUGGGCAGGAGUGGAAAGAAAGCAGCAUGGGCCGUGGCUCGGGGCCUGGUGGGGUGCUGUUGUGCCAACUGUGUGGGGUUCACUGUAAGACUCCCACCCAGCUUCAGGGCCAUAUGGCCACACAUGCCAACCAGACAGACCCCUCUUUGUCCAACCCAAUUAGCAGCAGCAGCAUUUUAGCAGGCACAGUGUCCACGGUGGCCACCCCCAUGUCAAGCACUUCAACCAAUCUGGGCCUGCUGGUGACUGACUGCUCCAGCAUUGCUGCCCCAAGCCACAGCUAACCCCAGGCUGCAGGCGCAGAGAUGGGGUUGGGUUAAAAAAGGACAGCCGAAUAGUAGAAGGCUGUCCUGCAAGUUUCAUCCGAAAUACUAGUUGGAAGUUUAACCCCUCCAUCUAUGCUGCCUCACAGUCUGCAAGCAGUCAACAAGAGCUAAAGACAUUUUAACAGCAAGUCUGAGAACUCUAGAAAUCAUCCAUGCAUUUCAACCACUGACAGACAUGCAGACAGUCCUUAUGGAUAAUGGACUACUGAGUUAGGGGGUGAUAUGCCACCCAGUUAUGUCAGUUCUAUUUUAAGGGAGAGGUCUCAGUGAAAUAAAGGCCAUCAAGUGUUGUCCCAAUUUAUUUAUACCAUGUCUUUAGUGAUCAGUAAUAUUAGAAUGUUACAAUGAAUUAUGAUUUUAACUAUCCAAUUGAUUCCCUAAUUUGAAUUUCUUGCAGUAUUCAAAAAAGAUUUUCAAAUUGUCUCACAUAUAACAGUAAGCUGCCUUUAAGAGGAGAUUUGUAAAUGAGAAUAUUAAAUGCUGUAUCAUCACAUGCCAUAAAUUACUGAUGCCUGUAAAGGUACCGUUUAUAGUUAAAGCUACAACAUAGGAAUCAUAUGUAUUGUUUAUUACAUGUGGAUUUAGGGAACUGUUUUAAGAACUGUCAUUGAUGUUGAUUUAUCUUAAUUUUUUAAAUAGGAAGUGAAUGUUGGACGUUGCUUGAGAAACUGCAUAAUGCUCUAUUAUUUGACCUAUGUUUGUGUUUGAAGCCUUGUUGUGCGCCAAAUCUUUGUUGCUGUCUCUGUGACACUAAAUUAAUCAAUGUACAAAAGACAAUUGUGCACCCAAUUAUACCUACUUUAAUUAA